AAACUUUUUACGUUCCUGUGCGUGAGAGGCAACCUAGUUGCACUCACUGAAGUGCGAGGAGUGUUUGGCUUCUCCCGUACCAGCCUCCUCCUCCAUCUAUUCCCCCCCGCUCCCGCCCCGAAUUUCUCCUCCCGUUUUGCUCCGAGUUGCUCUUUAUUUGUGUGUGGAGAAAGGGGUGGGGGGGACGACUUGUAGGGGGGAUGUUCUGUUUUGGCCAGAGGAACAGUGCAAAAGGGGAGCCUCGGCUCGGAGAAGACACGAGAAUAAAUAAAUAAGGAGCGGCCCUAAAAUAAAGGUAGCGGCAUAUCCCGGCAGCGAGACCACUGAGCUGUAAAUUGAAAGGAAGAUAAUUUCUGCUUGUGGAGGAAAAGAAAGGUGAAUAACCUCAAUGGAAGACUCUCAGGAUCUAAGUGAACAGUCAGUGAAGAAGCCGUGUCCGGAGUCCGAUGGUUCAGAGCCGCAGAAUCCCAGGUCUAUGGAAAUGCAGGAUCUAGCCAGUCCUCAUAAUCUUGUUGGAAGUAGUGAUGCACCAGGUAGUUCCAAACUGGAUAAAUCUAAUCUCAAUAGCACAUCAGUCACAACAAAUGGAACAGGAGUGUCUCUUCUUGCAGUCAAAACAGAACCCAUGAACAACAGUGAAACAGCAACAACAACUGGAGAUGCAUCGCUUGACACUUUUACUGGGUCAGUAAUAACAAGUAGUGGCUACAGUCCCAGAUCAGCGCACCAGUACUCUCCACAGAUAUAUCCCUCCAAGCCCUAUCCGCACAUUCUUUCUACACCAGCAGCUCAAACAAUGUCUGCCUAUGCUGGACAAACGCAGUAUUCGGGAAUGCAGCAGCCAGCGGUCUAUACAGCCUACUCACAGACAGGACAGCCCUACAGCUUGCCCACUUACGAUUUGGGUGUAAUGUUGCCAGGCAUCAAGACGGAAAGUGGGCUCUCGCAGACCCAAUCUCCUCUGCAGAGCGGGUGCCUCAGUUACAGCCCAGGGUUUUCCACCCCACAGCCAGGCCAAACACCCUACUCCUACCAGAUGCCAGGUUCUAGUUUCACACCAUCAUCCACUAUUUAUUCAAACAACUCUGUUUCAAAUUCUACAAACUUCAGUAGUUCACAACAGGAUUAUUCGUCAUACACAGCUUUUGGCCAAAAUCAGUAUGCACAGUAUUACUCAGCAUCAACAUAUGGUGCAUAUAUGACCUCAAACAACACGGCUGAUGGCACUUCAUCAUCAUCAACCUACCAAUUACAGGACUCUCUCCCUGGCUUGACUAGUCAACCAGGUACAGAUCUACAUUCAGGGGAGUUUGACACAGUGCAGAGCCCCUCCACGCCAAUCAAAGAUCUUGAUGAGAGAACAUGUAGGAGUUCUGGGUCAAAGUCUCGGGGUAGAGGGCGGAAGAAUAAUCCAUCACCCCCUCCGGACAGUGACUUGGAGCGUGUAUUUGUUUGGGAUUUGGAUGAAACAAUCAUAGUUUUUCAUUCGCUGCUUACAGGAUCCUAUGCACAGAAGUAUGGCAAGGAUCCACCCAUGGCAGUGACCCUUGGACUACGAAUGGAAGAAAUGAUUUUUAAUCUUGCUGACACACAUUUAUUUUUUAACGAUUUAGAGGAAUGUGAUCAAGUUCAUAUAGAUGAUGUUUCUUCAGAUGAUAAUGGACAAGACCUAAGUACCUACAGUUUUGCAACUGAUGGCUUCCAUGCAGCUGCAAGUAGUGCAAACCUUUGUCUGCCAACAGGUGUAAGAGGAGGGGUUGACUGGAUGAGGAAGCUGGCUUUCCGUUACAGAAGAGUAAAAGAGUUGUAUAAUACUUACAAGAACAACAUAGGAGGACUCCUGGGUCCCGCUAAAAGAGAUGCAUGGUUGCAAUUAAGAGCAGAGAUUGAAGCUCUAACAGACUCCUGGCUUACAAAUGCACUUAAAUCAUUAUCAAUUAUCAGCACAAGGAGUAAUUGUGUAAACGUGUUGGUAACAACAACCCAGCUUAUCCCAGCACUUGCAAAAGUUCUACUAUACAGCUUAGGAGGAGCUUUUCCUAUUGAAAAUAUAUACAGUGCAACCAAAAUAGGAAAAGAAAGUUGCUUUGAACGAAUAAUGCAAAGGUUUGGCAGAAAAGUAGUAUAUGUUGUAAUUGGGGAUGGUGUAGAAGAAGAACAGGCAGCAAAAAAGCACAACAUGCCUUUCUGGAGGAUAUCCAGUCAUUCGGACCUCUUGGCUCUCCAUCAAGCACUGGAACUAGAGUAUUUGUAACUGUGUUCUAAAGCUGGUGAUCCUUUUAUAUGUAUAUAUAUAUAUAUAUACAUACAUAUAUAUAUAUGUAUACGUAUUUCAAGUACACUGAAUUUUUAUGUGUGAUUCAAUGCCUCUGGCUUUACACAUAUGAAUUGUCUUAAGAAGGGAAGAAAUAUUUGGAAUUAAAAAUUCCAAAUUGAAGAAUUCAGAUUGCUGAAUGGAGUUAAAGCAUUAGUGCUACGUAAGAAAGCUCUAUGGUCUUAUAUAUGCAACGUUUUUAAAUGAAUUAAAACUGUGGAGGUUGCUGGUACACACCAAGUGAGCCCUGACAGGAGUGAACAAAGGACUCAAACUGGCAAAGCACCAAAACGCAUUUUCCAGCCAACAAGGUGGUGUUCAACAACAUUCCUCAAAAUGGGAUAUAUUCUCAGCACUGAGGUUUGAACCAGACUUUAGCCUACCUAACCCAAAAAAUCUGAAUUGGAAUGCACUCAGACUGUAUAAUGACAAUCCUGUCUAGACAUGUAAUUUGUGUAAAUUAUUGAUGAAAAUAAUUUACUGUGACUUUAUUAGCAGCUGAUUUUGGAAGUGGAUGCAAUUUUUUUCUUUUUUUGGGGGGGUGGGGGCAGGGGAGGGAAAGGGUUAAAUAAUAUUGUCUCUUUUAUAAGUUUGGCAAAGAGAAUGUGCAUAUGAUGUGUUGUGCCUUAAAGAGAAGAUUGUGUUCGUGUGUUAUAAUGUAAUUUUGGUUAAAAACUCUGUAGAUAAACAAAAAAAACUUUGUGAUAAUUUUUCACAUGACCAAAUUUGAAAUUCAAAGAAAUCAAAGAGCAGGGCUGCACCAAAGAAUUUAAGUAUUUGUUGCAGUAAGAAAAAUAAAUAAAGGAAAGUUUGUGUUUUUA